AUGUGCGAUCUCACCCCUUUGCCCUUGCACUCCAUGUCGGCCUCCGAGAAGCGCGGUCAGCACGACCAGCACCUCCGGAUACUCGAGAAGCGGAUAGAGGUCCCCGGCAUCGUUCUGACCGAGGCCGACGAUGACUACGACGUCUCGUGCUCUCCGACACCGACAGGGCGCAAGCAGGUCGUGCUCCUCAACCCCUGUACGGUGUACGGCCCCCGUGUCCGACCAACAGCGCCGACAGCACGCUCACUAGUCAUCCUCAUUCUGGUCCUGCUCGCGGCGUACCACCUCUGGACGCAUCUGGACCUCCUGCACGUCCAGGUCCCACAAGCAGCUGUACCCCUAUGA